CUCCCACAGAUACACUACCAUCUUCCAUCGAGCAGCCGAUCUCCGCUACCAAGAAUUUCAGCUAGAUACUUGAAAUGUCGUCGAGCGAGCAGGUCAGAGCGUCUCACAUAUUGAUCAAGCAUGAAGGAUCCAGGCGGAAGUCGUCCUGGAGGGAUCCCGAGGGCAGCCGCAUCUCUGCCACCAGCAGGGAUGAAGCUGUAACGCAGCUCAAAACCAUCCGAGAUGAUAUACUUUCUGGAAAAGCAAAAUUCGAAGAUGUGGCAUCUCGAAUCUCUGACUGCAGCUCUGCCAAGCGUGGUGGCGAUCUUGGUCCCUUUGGCCGUGGUCAGAUGCAGAAACCAUUUGAAAAUGCUACAUACAGUUUGAAGGUCGGUGAAAUUAGCGACAUCGUUGACACAGACAGCGGGGCUCACAUAAUACUAAGAACAGGUUGACACAACCUUGGGCAAGGAAAAGAUUAAAGGAAAGCCCUUCAGAAUCAAGACUAUGUCUCUUAAGACUCUUUGCAUCCUGUUAUUUCAUCCUUUUUAUAAUUCCAAAAUACUCUCCAACACUGUAUUCCUAUUUCUCUCUGUUUGGCAAAGACUUUAUUAAAUUUCCCAAUGCACAAUGGUAAAUAACCAGGACAGACAGAGUUCUCUUCCAGAAAUUUUAAGCAUUGCUGCUACCAUUAUGGAUUUAGAACUAUUAGAUAUUGUUAAGAAUAUGAUAUCAUUAUUAGGGUGGUGUCACUAAUUUCCUCUUCUUGCAAUAUUAUAGUCUGUGUACA